AUGAGCAACCGCAACACCGGGGGCUGGGGUGCUAGUGAAACAAAGGAGCUAUCAAUCCCAAGCCAUGUUCCAGUUGGGGCGGUCAUUGGGAGAGGCGGGCAAAACUGCAGGAAGAUCCGACAGAAGCAUCGAGUUAGCUGUUUUGUUGAUGGGGAUGCCCGCAAGGUGAUGCUAAAAGGGCAUCCAGUCGGCAUGAAAGACGCGGAAGAUGAACUUGCUCAACUAUUUAAGAGUUUCACCAUCGCCAGAUCAAGUGACAACCGAGUUUUUGAAGCUGUCGCUCGUGAUGGAUCAAAAUACCGGUGGGAAUUCGUAAAGGAAAAGAACAUUUCGACCGACAAGCAAGUUCGGAAAUACCCGUACCGCCUUCAACAAGCUGGUCAAGCCGAAGAAGCGGCAGAGUUCAAUAACGGCGGUUGGAUUCAGGAAUUUAACGAAGAAGACAUGAACAGUAUUAUGGCGUAUCUCGACAAGAGCCAAACGUUGCCUGAGCUACCGGUCAAGAUCAAGAUCGGGUUUGGUAAAUCGUGCUUUUGCCCCAUAACGCGCCGAUUCCCUGCUUCGACUGUAUCUUGGACCAAUCUUCAAAAGCUUCAGCAGCACGAGCACUUCGUUACGCGCUGGUCCAAUGUUUUUGAUCGAUCGGCACCGUCUGUCGGGGCCUUGCUCAAGGAGCUCGAACUGCAGGUGGGCAAGGAUGCACUCCCAAAAACUACGAUACUUGUUAAUCUUACUGACAAGCAGGGUCAAUCGUACGACAUCAAAUACCAUGUAGUGGAUGGCAAGUGGCAGUUGCACAACGCGCAUGAAAGACGCAUCGUGCACGGCUCAAACGAUGUGAUUUUGGACAAUGAGACUUCCUUCCGCGUCCGUGCAGCUUCCCGCAAGAAAAUGUCUGACCGGGACGCAGAUGACUUCCAUCGCCAUCUCAUUAUCUCUGUCCCAGAGAAUGGAGACUUCUUUGGUACAGAGGUGAAUUUGAGCCGACCGGCGCCGGUCGGGUUGUUUAUCAGGUCGGCGGAUCCGAAGGUCAACGUGGAGAUGGAGAGUAAAGGGCUGCAAUUUACCAUCUUCUACUUGGAUGAGAGUCGCAAGGAGUUCCGCCUCGAGUGUCGUUUGCCAAGCGGGGACAAGCAAGACGUGAAUGCUAAGGGCAAUGAGUGUCAGGUGCUGCUGAAGAAGGUGCUAGCCGAUAUGUGA